AUGGAUAAAACGAGUCAAAUAAAAAAAAAAAAAAAAAGAGAGAACAACAGUUUGCGUGUAGAAAAUGAAAGAAUGAGAGGAAUGGUGAAUAAGUCAAAUGAGAGGAAAAAUUCCUUUACCAACAACAAGCAGGGCCACAUGAAGGAAGGAGAUAUAUAUCAGCCUGAUAAAAUGAAAGAACCUAUAUCGGAAGGAACAGAUAGAAGUGAACAAGUAAUGAACAGUUAUCGAUUCCCCUUGCACAGUGACGUAUCAACACCGAAAAGUGAAUUGUACGAAAUGGAAUUACAAAAUAGAACCUACCAAAAGAGCCCAAGUGCACACCAAUUGUUGUCUACACCAUUUAAUACAGAAAUGGAAAAAAAAGGGAUAAAGAAUACAGUCCUUCAUAGUGUAGGAUCCAUAAAAGGAACUGUACUGAACAAUAUAAAUGGUGAUACAUUGAGUAGCUAUACCAUCUACCAAGGGGGUGGAGAAGAAAACGCCUUGAAGAAUUCUACUGGAAUUAGCGAAAACAAUUCUAUUUCGAAUUGUAGUUUCCACGGUGGGAUCAUUUCAAAUGGUUUGCUAAAUGGAGAGUUCCUCAGACAGGGGGGUAUUCCAAAACCUGAUGAAAAUGGUAAAUUUGGUGGAUACCACAAUGACAUCGCCAGCUCUAGCAUUGAUCAUUGUAAUGCCAAGGAACAUCAUCUAAAUGGUAUGUAUCCCCAGUUUUACAACAAUAUAAAUAAAUCUCCUCUGUGUACACCGCCCCAAGGGCCAGAUACAUUGUGGCGAAAGGACGAUGCUGUAGAGAAAUUUGAACCCAUGUAUAAGAAGCAGCUAGCCAAACAAACAAGUCCAAAUCUGGUAGAUGCAAAAAAUGGGUUCAGCAGAAAUAAUGUACUUACACACCAGGGAAAAAAAAAUAAAAAUGAAGAUAAUAGGAAAAUGUUUGAGCAAAAGUGGCAUGUCAAAAGUGAAAACUCCUUUCCCAUGAGGAGUAACGCGAAUGCCCACGAACAUCUGUGUGUUGCUAACUGCAUCACCACCAUGGAUUACACCACGGGUUCGAAUAAUGUUUUCAGUGUGAAUUCGAAAAAUGCAUCCUCACAUGGUGUGAAUUUCCACAUAGGUAACACACAUGGGCGGAGCGUCACGCCAGGGGGUGACACAACACUGAGAAGCUCCUCUCUGAUCAAGAAUGCCACCACGUAUAACCCCCUUAGGAAGAAUUAUCAUUUGUACAGGGAAGAGAGCAGCCACAACUGCAGUCAUCUCUCCUACAUGAACAGUAAUGGAAUUAACAGAACUCCACAAUGGGACAAUGACAAACGAACCAUGGGAGAAGUGGACCAGCGAAUUUUAUGUCGUGAUGGUGUCCAUGCAAGUAGCAAUAACAAUGUAAAGAACGCGAGAUUAAACGAUGGAAAUAUAGGAUUUUAUAGGAAGAAAAAUCACAAGGUGUUCGUGAAAAAUACCCUGAACGUUAGUGAAGACCACAAUGCGGGUAAGAACUGUGUCAUGAAGGAUACACUGGUUAGUAGCAACAAUAAGAAGAGAAAUAACAACAGAAAGAACAUUAGUAAUGUUUUAAAGUUCAUCAUCCCUGAUGGAAGCCUCAAAACGGGAAGAAGCCCCAGUGGAGGAGUCAAACGAACUUACAUGGACACAAGUGAGGAAAAGGAAAAAAAAGAAAAAAAUUGCAAACCAAGGGGGGAUAAGCAAAUUACCUCCCUCACGAUAUCCAAGACUCAUGAAGAGAGAAGAAGUAAGGAUGGAAAGGGAGAGAUGGUGCAGUCGGCUUAUGUGUCGAAGGAGAGGGAUGAAACCACCUGGGGAGGUUUGAACGACACAGAAGGGGGAUCAGUCCACUUUGGCCAAUCUGACUACGGAACACCCCCAACACGGAAAGGCACUAAUAGAGGAUACUACGCGAAGAAUGGUAACUUAACAUAUAGUGGCCUGCUAACGUCUAUGGUGUCGUCCAUACUAACGCAGGAAAACGAAAGGCAAUCUAAAGAGGGAAAUUGCUUUAGUUACGCCUGGAAGAAUAGCGGGUACGAUUAUGCGUUAUUGCACCAAAUGGAAGAUGGAACCGGUGGAGAAAAAAAUGAAAAAGGAGAAAAUGAUUACCAAUUUUCCAGUAAAAUAAUUCAGCACUUGAGGAGUAAAGCUACCAAUGAACACAUUUUGCAUCUAACUCUAACUCUAAUGAUUUGUAUUUCGGUUCUUUGCAAUUACGACCAUGGUGCAAUACCAGUUACGUUGGAAGAAAUACAGAAAGAUUUUCCAUUAAGUUACAUUGAGCAAUCUCUACUAGGAAGUUUAGUGUACUUCGGCUUAAUCAUCGGGACGAUAAUAGCAAGUGUUCUUUUUGAGCUCGUCACGGCAAAGAUAUUAAUAACUAUAAGUACCCUGAUGUUGUCCAUAUCAUUAUACAUAUUCAGUCACGCUAACUGCAUCACCUUCAUGUACAUCUCAAGAUUUAUAAAUGGUUUGUGUCAAGCUAUCCCAGUUGUGUACCUGCCGGUUUGGGUAGAUGAAUUCUCACCACAUGAAAAAGCUACACAAUGGAUGUCAUACAUACAGCUUGCUUCCAUAGGGGGUACUGUCUUCGGUUAUUUUUUGGGUGGUGUACUUUCGAAUAGCUCCUACUCAUAUGGACGUAACAAUACUCCCCUUCCGAAUGCUACCUUCGUGACCACGUGGAGAUCUCCCUUUUUAAUUCAGGCCUUUCUGCUCCUCCCGCUUUUUCUCAUUAUGCUUUUUAUCCCCUCGGAUAUGAUUAACAUUAGCGCGGAGGGAAGUGCAGCAAGCGAGGGGGAGAUAUCUUGCGAGGAGGAGAUGCAUGGAGGGGCCACCAACAGCGGGCAAUACACUAACAGCGGGCAAUACACGAACAACGAACAGAACAUCAACAACGGGCGGAAGAGCAACAACUCCGAUCAGCAACACCCUGCACAAUCGAGGGUACAACCCAUAAUCCAAGAAGCCACUACAUACACACUGGACAGAAGCAAAUCGAGAUCCACUAGCAGACUCUACUACGGAGCAUCGAGUAGCUCUCUUCGUAGAAACUUCAAUCGGUCAGCAACCUACAUCAUGGAGAAAAAAACUAAUGUCCUAAGGAAAACAUUAAAAGAAGUGAAAAAAUUGCUUAAGAACAAAUUAUACAUUAUCGUAACCCUAGGAAUGAGUAACCUCUACUUCGUAGUUACAGGAAUACAAUUUUGGAUUACAGAAUAUAUGUCUGUUGUGUUGUUAACGGAAAAAAUGAAAAUCGUUACGGUGUCUACUUUAUGUUUUUUAACUUCUCCAACCUCAGGGGUUUGGUUUGGAGGUUUUGUGUGUGAUUUAUUUGGGGGAUACAAGAAUACGAAUUAUUCCAGAACGAUUAAGGUGGCAACUGCCUUUGCCAUUUCUGCUUGCAUCUUCGGGAUUCUUUCGGCUCAUCUGAAUAAUUUUUUUUUCUUCUCCAUUUCGCUGUGGCUCUGUCUCUUUACGGGCUCCGCUCUGGUCCCCGUCGCUGUGGGAAUGCUCCUCUCCUGCGUGAACAACCACCAGAAGAGCCUGUCCUCUGCCGUUUCUCAAGUCAUAUACAAUGUCUUCGGCUGGUUCUCCGCCCCUUUACUCUCCGGAAUAAUUAUGGAUAUUAUUCACAAAUACACUAACGACAACCGCCUUGCUCUCAAAGCUGGGUUCACCAUGAUUUUGUAUUCCAGUUUCAUAGGCUUCCUGUUGCUCUUCUACGCGAAUUUUUUGGAUUUUUCCGAUCGGAAAGAUAACGACGAGACAUUAGAAUUGGAAGAACCCCUCACCUAG